ACUCGUAUAGACUCCCGGUAUCUAUAUCGAAUUGGUUUGCUUCUCGUUCGUUCUUAUUUCGUUUCGUCUUCGAUUUUUCGCUUAUGUCGAUAAGACGCUCUACAUACAACUGUAGAAUUUACACUGCACUUGGCAAAAUGUCACUCCACAUGCGCCAAAUAGUCUUUGUUUCUUUUUGCUAUUUUUCAGUGGUAAAUCAGGCGAUUGAACGAGUAAAUUCUGGGCCUAGUCUUAUCUGUAUAACAUAAUCGCACGUACAGUCAUGUCUUUGGGCGUUGAUCCCGAACCUUAAUUUCUAUGAACUUUAGUCAGAAUUAAAAUUUCCACUAACUGGUUCGUUAUCGUGUUACAAGGGCGCAUUCAUUUAUGCCUAGAUAUAUCGAACAGAUACACAGAUACAUUUGUGAGAAAUGUAAAACAGAUUGUGUAAUAACGCGGCUAUAGCGCCACCAACAGUCUAUAAAAUAGCGAAAUAUAAUCCCUUCCGAUUUAUUUCAUUCGAAAUCGCUGUCGACUGAAGAGCGUAAUAAUGCCGGUUAUAAUUAACGAUGUGAAAUUGGAUUAUAAAGACGUUUUGAUACGUCCGAGGAGAAGUGAUUUAAACAGCAGAGCCGAGGUUAACUUAUUCUCGGAGAUGACUUUUAGACAUUCAAAACGUACGUACAAUGGCAUACCCUUGAUGGCGUCGAACAUGGAUUCUAUUGGGACAUUUGAAAUGGCAAAGACACUUUCAAAACACGGUGUAUUCACGGCGAUAAAUAAGUAUAACAGCAUUGAAGGAUGGAAGAAAUUUGCAACUGAAAAUCCGGAAUGUUUGCACAAUGUCGCUGUUUGUUCAGGGAUUGCAGAGGGAGACUUUAAACGCCUUUCAACGAUCCUCACGCUCAUACCGGAAUUAUCAUUUAUCUUAAUAGAUGUUGCGAACGGUUACGCCCAGAGUUUUGUAAAUUACAUAAAAAAAGUUCGCCACGCUUUCCCGAAUCACACCAUCGCUGCAGGCGAUGUCGCUACCGCUGAAAUAACGGAAGAACUUAUACUUGCCGGGGCCGAUAUUGUUAAAAUUGGGAUCGGACCGGGAUCGGUUUGUACAACCCGAACCACCACGGGAGUUGGUUUUCCUCAGUUGAGUGCGGUACUAGAAUGUGCCGAGGCUGCGCACACUUUGAACGGUUUCGUGAUCGCUGACGGAGGUUGCAACUGCACCGGGGAUGUUGCCAAGGCUUUAGGCGCCGGUGCCGACUUCGUAAUGAUAGGAGGAAUGCUUUCCGGACACGAUCAAUGUCUUGGUGAGGUCAUCGAGAGGGACGGUAAACAAUUGAAAAUUUUCUAUGGUUCUUGUUCUGCAACUGCUAUGAACAAAUUUUUUGGCGGAGUAGCCAAGUACAGAUCCGUAGAAGGAAAAACCGUUGAAAUUCCGUACAGAGGCGACGUAGAACCAACGAUCCUUGAAAUGUUGGGCGGUCUUCGUUCAACGUGCACGUAUGUCGGGGCGUCAUCCGUACAGGAGCUCCCUUUAAGGACUAUUUUUGUGCGUUGCAACGAAGUAGUCAACUCCAUUUUUGGUCCAUCAUAAAUAGUUUGUUUUACUGUUAUUUGUAGCAAUCAAUAUCAUCCAUUAUUUUCGUCGGUGAUUCUAUUAAAUCUGAACAAAAAUGA